AUGAGCAAGUUCAAGAACAAGGGCAAGAACUCAGAUGCCCUGCGGAGGCAGAGAGUGGAGGUGAGCGUUGAGCUGCGAAAGGCCAAGAAGGAUGAGCAGAUCCUGAAGCGCAGGAGUGUUUCGUUCAGUUUGGAUGAGAGUGUCUCUCCGGGAGAAGACAAAAAGAGUGAGCAAGGGGUAAUUAACGAACUGUCCUUGGACGAUAUCGUGGAAGCCUUGAAUGGGAGCAAUGAGGAGCUGCAGCUGGAGGCCACGCAGGCGGCCAGGAGGAUGCUGUCCAGGCAGAAGGACCCCCCCAUCAACCAGGUCAUCAAGCUGGGGAUCAUCCCCAGGCUGGUUGAGUUCCUGAGCCGCGCUGACAACGCUGCUCUGCAGUUCGAAGCAGCCUGGGCUCUGACUAACAUCGCCUCUGGCACCUCUGACCACACCAAGGCGGUGGUGGACGGCGGUGCCAUCCCGGCCUUCAUCUCCCUGCUGUCCUCCCCGUACAUGCACAUCAGUGAGCAGGCUGUGUGGGCACUGGGCAACAUUGCUGGUGAUGGCCCUAUGUAUAGAGAUGUUCUUAUCAACUGCAGUGUGAUUCCUCCCUUGCUGGCUCUGGUGUCACCUAUAACUCCAGUUGGGUUCCUGAGGAACAUCACAUGGACGCUCUCAAACCUCUGUAGGAACAAGAACCCCUACCCUCCUGCGGAUGCUGUGAAAAAGAUGCUGCCAGUGCUCGUCUAUCUCCUGCUCCAUGAUGACAAGGACAUCAUUUCUGACUCCUGCUGGGCCAUGUCCUAUCUGACCGAUGGCUUCAAUGACCGCAUCCAAACUGUGGUGGAUACAGGGAUUCUCCCAAGGCUGGUGGAGCUCUUGUCCAGCCCAGAGUUGACCAUUUUGACUCCAGCUCUCCGUGCUGUUGGGAACAUAGUCACAGGCACUGACCAGCAGACCCAGGAAGUGAUCAGUGCUGGUGCCCUGACUGUCCUGCCCAGCCUCCUGCGGCACGCGAAGCCGACUAUCCAGAAGGAAGCUGCGUGGAUGCUCAGUAACAUCGCAGCGGGGUCUUGCCAGCAGAUUCAACAACUCAUCACUCAUGGGUUAUUGCCACCUCUGGUGGAGCUGCUUGAGAAGGGAGACUUCAAAGCUCAGAAAGAAGCUGUGUGGGCAGUGGCCAACUUCAUAAUGGGAGGCACCGUGGAGCAGGUGGUGGAGCUCCUCCAGGCCGGGGUCCUCAAACCUCUGCUCAACCUGCUCUCAGCCCAAGACAGCAAAACAAUCCUGGUCAUCCUGGAUACCAUUUCAAAUCUCUUCCUGGCAGCUGAGAGGCUGGGAGAGACGGACAGGCUGUGUCUGCUGGUGGAAGAGCUCGACGGCCUGGAGAAAAUUGAAGCCUUGCAAAACCAUGAGAACAACAUGGUCUACCAUGCUGCACUGCAAAUCAUAGAGAAAUACUUUUCUGGUGAG